CCCGGCUCAAAAACAAUUUUCAUGGGCCGGUUAGGGUUUCGGAACUCUCCCAGAUAUAAGACGCCUCUUUUUCUUUACUUUCCCGCAAGGCGCCGGCGAAGACGACCCAGUCAUGGUGCACGUCAGUUUCUACAGGAACUAUGGGAAAACCUUCAAGAAGCCACGUCGCCCCUAUGAGAAAGAGCGGCUGGAUGCCGAGCUGAAGCUGGUGGGCGAGUAUGGGCUCCGGUGCAAGCGAGAGCUCUGGAGGGUCCAGUACGCGCUGAGCCGUAUCCGUAAUGCGGCCAGAGAACUUCUCACGCUCGAUGAGAAGAACCCUCGGCGAAUUUUUGAGGGGGAAGCCCUUCUCCGCCGGAUGAAUCGGUAUGGGCUCCUCGAGGAAGGGCAGAACAAGCUCGACUAUGUGCUGGCUCUCACAGUGGAGAACUUUUUGGAGCGGCGUCUGCAGACUCUGGUCUUCAAGUCUGGAAUGGCUAAGUCCAUCCACCACGCUAGGGUCCUCAUCAGGCAGCGCCACAUCAGAGUAGGAAGGCAAGUAGUAAACAUCCCCUCUUUUAUGGUGAGGAUGGAUUCAGCUAAGCAUAUUGACUUCUCCCUCACAAGUCCUUUCGGCGGUGGGCGUCCAGGACGGGUGAAAAGAAGAAAUCAGAAGGCUGCAACGAAGAAGGCCGCCGGAGGUGAUGGAGAUGAAGAUGAUGAGGAAUGAGCAACAAUGUGCUGUGGUAACCUCCACAUCUUUGCAUUUUAGUAUGUUUCUAGUUUGUUACUUUUCUUAAAGUGGCGACUCAUAAACUUAUUCUCAAAACAUGUCUCUGAAGUUUGGGUUUUAUGUAUUCGACAUCUGUGUCUUUAAUUUGGCCUCGAGCCUUUCAUUCAA